AUGUCACUACCAAAAUCCCCAUUUGCGCCUUCGUCCUCCGUGCCAGGAACUGGAGAAAUCGUCCUUUCACUGCUCCCUCCUGGAAAACAAGUUCUCCGGACAUUUACAUACCAAUACCCUCUGAAACUCAUUGCUCCAGACCCUCACCACUCCGACGACGGCCGGCACGUGACAGUCGCGUUCCUCCUGACUUAUGGAGGAGGAUUGGUUGGAGGAGACCAGAUCAAUCUCAAGGUCGAAUUGGAAAAAUCUACUCGACUUGUCCUCGUUACUCAAGGCAGCACCAAGAUCUUCAAAUCGCCAGAAAGGUCCGUGGUUAGUCGACAAAUCCUAGACGUCAAGGUGGGAUCCCAAGCAGCUCUCUGCUACUUGCCUGAUCCCACUCAGCCGUUUGCGGAAAGUGUCUAUGAGCAGAACCAAACAUUUUAUGUCGAACCAGACGUUAGUAGCAGCUUGUUAGUGCUCGACUGGGUGAGCGAAGGUCGACGCGCAAGAGGAGAGAGCUGGAAGCUGUGGAGUUGGAAGGGCAGAAACGAGGUCAGAGAAUUUGACCCAAGGUCCAAAGGACGACUUCUUCUUCGCGAUGCAGUCAUGUUGUACGAGGACGAUCUGGGUGGUACCGCCCUCAUCGACAAGUCCAACAACAUGGGCAUCUUCGGCACGUUGAUUGUGUAUGGGCCUGUGUUCAAUCGGCUGGGGGAGUUCCUGAUUCGCGAAUUCACGAACCAGCCUCGGAUUGGAGCGAAGAACUGGGCAACGACUGGCGAAAGAGUAAAGCAGGCCGAGAUGGCACCAGAACGUGAGCAGAGAGAUGGUCUAUUGUGGACGGUAUCGAAUACCCGAGGCUUUGUUUUGCUCAAAUUUGGAGCGAAAGAGCUCGAUGAGGCCAGACGAUGGCUUGGAAGCUUGCUCAGGCAAGAAGGCACGGCCGAAAUGGUAUUUGGUCACCAAGCACUCAUAUGUCUUCGAUGA